UGGGGGCUUGCUUCUUUUGCUGUGAGGUUUUACGGGUAGAUGCAUUGGCUAAACUAGCAUUUCAUUUUCUACAGAGUUAAACAAGUAAGGGCUUAUCUGCAAGGCUUGAGAUUCAGUGUGCUUUCUUUUCCACUGCAGGUGCAUCAGGUUUUUUUCCUUGUCAGUGGGGGAUCAGGACUGUGCACAGGAGGAGCGUAUUUAUUGGAACAGAGCAAAGAAAAUAAUGAAUAGGAAUUUUUUUUUAUUAGUCACAAGCACAAGGCAAAGAAAUAAUCAGUUUUCCCUGGCUGGGAAAAAUUAAAGGUUGCUCUAGCAGAGAUCAGGCUAUUGUGUCUCCAAGACACUCAUUGUGAUCUACUGAAAGGGGCAAGAUGCCUAGAAAGAAAAAUGCUUCUGGCAACUGGAGAUUUGGCAUUGUUGACCCUCCUUUUGCUCAAAACCAGGGCUCUGCUGCUCAAGUAAGCUGUUUUUCCUGACCUCCUAUGUCUUCUAUGAAAUGUGGUGGUUUCUCAAGGGGUCAGACAGGGGCGUAAUUUUUCCUCAAUUGCUUUUUAAUGUUGUUGUAAAGCUUCUUGAUGCAUUGUAAGCAUAAUAGGCAAUAUUCUUAUGAGACACAUCUUUAGACUGGAGUGCUAUAGAGCUGUAUGGCAAGGUCAUACAUGUGUUUCAUGUGUGUUUGUGUGCGUAAAGUUCAUAAUGCUUGUCUUGUAGGAGCAAAAGGACAUCAGUCUCCAAGACAUGAUUUAGUAGCAUCCUAUCAGUACAGUAUUUUCUUAGAAAAAACAAUAAUCUAAGCUCUCUUCAGCAGCAGCAGGAGAGCCUGUCACAUUUGUAAUUGACCAGUGAAGAAAGGUUUAACGAUAAUUGAGCUUCUAGUAAAUGGGCAUGGCAGGAGGAACUGGGCUUUGGGAUGAGAAAGAGUUACCUACCAGUUAUGUUUUGACAUGGAAGAUCAUAGGUGAUGGAGCCAGCAGUGCCAGUCAUCCACUUGAAAGUGGAAAAGAGAGAAACUCAUGCUUUAGCCUCUGCUCCCGUGUUUCUGAAUAGGACAAAACCUCUGGCUAUCAUGUGAUGGCAUAAUGAGUUGUGGAACAGAUAGCACACAUCUCCUACCACACCCUUCUGCACACAUCUCCUGAAAUUGUUAAGACUGAUGUAUCUGCCUGGGCAAAACAGGCAACUUGCAGAAAAAGGGGGCUCUCUUUUCAGAAAAAGCAGGCUAUUUGUCCUGAUCUCCUACACCUUCUCGCUUUGGUUUGCAUAAGGUAUAGCGGGUCUGCAGGCUUGUCUGGUUUCUUAAAGUUAUAGCCAUUACUCUAGCAAGAGACAUCACUUUCCUCUUCAAACUUCAUCUUCCUUUACCUGGUUACAUAGAAUUUCUUUUUUUUUCCCUGAUGAUUACACUUACUCUGGCAACCAUGCAGCACUACCCUCCAUUUCUGCUGAUUCAAGGGCCAGCAGCACAGUUGUGAUGUCUCCUGCAUGAUGUUACACUUUGCCUUCCCAAUCAACUUGCAGUUUGACAGCAGCUCUCCUUAGCCACAAGCAAUAUCUGAAAGUCUGGCAGGCAAGAGGUUGCUAUUAAGUCACAGUUCUGGAACUACUGUUGUAGGCAGUCUCUUUCGGUUUAUUUUUAUUGUCUGAUACAAUGAAAAUUACCUUCAUUCUCUUCCCUGUGUUUCUUCCCUUAACAUUUUUUCCACUUGAAAUUCUCCUCUUAGUGGAGCUGUAAUGUAUAUAUGUAUGUAUGUAUGUAUGUAUGUGUGUGUAGAUAGAUAGAUAGAUAGAUAGAUAGAUAUUUUUAUAUGUAUAUAUGUAUAUGUGUGUAUAUAUAUGUGCAUAUUCGUAUACACACACCAUAAAAUACACUCACUGGCAAGUUCAGUCUCUGGUGUCAGUUAGAAGAACCUACCCACUGUGGCUGACAAAACACCACAUUUGACGAGUAAGGAAGUAUUGCUACCAACAGUUGAUACGCCUGGGCCUUUGGGGCUCAUUUUAGUUUGCUUGGAUUUUUAUAAAUCUAAAUCAGGCCCUGAUUUCUUCUACCUGUCUUCCUCAUCUCCAGAGUCUGGUUUUGGUCUAAGAAGAAUGUAGCAAUUCUGUCUUUUAUCAGUUCCUCAAAUUGCUGUAUAGAAUCAUAGAAUCAUUCAGGUUGGAGAAGCCUCCUGAAAUCGAGUCUGACUGUUAACCCAGCGCUGCCAUGUUCACUGCUGAGCCAUGUCCCAAAGUGCCACAUGUAUGUUCAGUGAUGGCAGCACACCUAAUUCAAAGCUCAGGGCUGACUGCCAGCCAUAUCCCAGUCAGCACAAAUAUUAUGCAGAAGACCCUCGAUAUCUUUGCAAAAUCUUUAUUUUGUAGCUCCCUUGAAGGAGUCCCUGGCAUCUUUUUAGCUUAGCUUUCCACCAUUCUUUGUAUAUUUGGCCAGGAAAGGAAGUAUAUUACCAUCACUAGUUUUUGUCUUUCCUGCACAAGCCUCUCAUCUUAAUGUCUGCACACAUUUUUGCCUAUUAAUGGGUGUUUUGCCCAGCCUUUAAGACAGGUGAGUGUGAACUCUUUCACUUUAUAAUCAGGCCCACGUACAUGAGUGUGAUGACACUGAGAUGACAGAAGCACUAAAGCUGUACCAGCCUAAUUUGACAACCUGCUAAAAAACCCUGCUGCCCUGAGAAGGCAGGAUUAUGGGUUUUGGUACCCCACUCAAUUGAAAUAUCUCUAUGUAUGGCUGCACUGAACUUCUUAAAUGUGUCCUACAGUUCAGAGAGGUGAAGUGACUUGCCCAGGAAUGCACAGCAAGUCUUUAACCAAGCUGGACUUGGAAAAUGGAUUCCUACUCUUCUUUUCUCACCACUAAACAAGUCUGAUUCAUUUCUGCAUUUAUAGUGAUAAUUCGAUUUUAAAUAUGAUUUCAAAUGACUGCUUUUUUAAAGGGGGGAGGGAAAGAGACUUGCACAAACGCGAGUAGAAUUGGUAGAGACAUCAGGUAAGCUAACAAAAGCUACCCAAUGUGUGUACUAUAAACAUCAUGGUUCAAGACACAAACUAAUUCCCAUGGUACAGCCCUUCUAGGGGGCUGAUAUUGUACUCAAAUGCUUCUGAUGCUUGAUUGCUACUGUCCUAGGGAAUCUGGUGGAGGGGAAGGGUGUCUUCCUUUUCUUUUGACUUUUGCCCAGAAUGCUCUCUCUGAAGCAUAAUUGCUGUCUAUUAUUUCUAGAAGGAUUUCAAAUAGAUGAGAAUUUUUAAAAAAAUGUUUUGGAAUGGUCUGAAUUCUUCCUGUAGCCUUUUUUUUUUAAUUGUUCUGCUAAUUAGAGAACCAUGCUAAAGUACCCUUUAAAUAAUAUCUAAGCAGGAGGGACUAAUCUUUGAGGAAUAAGCUUGCUAAGAAUGGACACAUUAUCCUGGCACUAAAAUCAGAGGUCAGUACUGCAAAAUAUAAUGAGGUAAAUGAAAAUUACUUGAACACCUAAAUGAACAUCAUGCGCUAACACAUGAUUAAAUUUCUUUUUACCUCUCUUGGAAUUCUAAGAACCAUCCUUCCUUUCUCUCCCCAACUCAGUCUUUUUUUAUAAAUAGCUUUAUCUUUUUGGAGCAGUGUACAGUACUUAGUAACAUGCCACUUUUUCCCCCCGAGGCAUUGUAUACCUUACAUUCUCCAGUCUUUCCUUUCCAGUUCCCUAGUUGUUUUAUUUUGUUGUCUCAUAAUGAAAAAAAAACCACCAGUAACUUGUAGAGUACAAACUUAAACCCCCAGAAUUCUGACAUUUCUUUUUCUUUUUUUUUUUAAAUCUAGCUACAUAAAUAACAUCAUGUUUCUAGGUCAGAGGCACUUGCAAUCCAAACAGUGAUUAUCUUACGAUAUGGACCAACUUCUGAAAUUGUCUCUGUGCGUAAUCAGGCUAUGGUAAUUGUUUCUCAUGUGAAGUGUAGAGUGUCUAAAGCCCGGACACUGGAGGCUUCUCCCUCGCUGUUUGUACAUGGCACUUGCUGUAUUGCAUCAGACUGUUUGUCUGUCACAUCCAGUACACUUCUCCAGUAGUGGUCAAAAAUAUUGAUUCUGAGAAAGGUGACCAAACCCUCUAUGAACCAAGCAUGCACAGCUCCACACAGGGAUGGAAGAAAUGCUUUCUAAUUCUGUCAGGGAGAUUCGUUUAGUUUCAAGCGGUAUUAUCAAGUCUCAAGCUGUAUUGUCAUUACACUGCUUGGACUGCACUCUCUUGAUAAUUCUAAUAGUCUAACAGAUUUCUGAGAUUAAAUCUAUCGAAAGAGAAAAAACCUCCCAAUUUCCUCAACUCUCAAAGAUAACUGAGUCUGGUCUGUAAAUACUUUCCCAUCUUAGACAGAAGAUGAAUCUUAAUUCAUUGAAGCCAUCAAGUACUGCUAUGUUCUCAGUAGAAGGGAAUGAAUGACAGGCAAUAUUAUAUUGCAAAAAAUUACAUCAGUGGUGUCAUAAUCAUGUCAUUACCUUCAGCAGAGGCCAUGUGCAGCACUUGCAUCUUUUGCCUACUGGUCUGACAUAGCAUAUAUUGCUGUGUCAUGUACCCCAAGUAAUGACACCUGUACUGUGUGCCUAAAAGGUUAAAUGCUCUCUUCUCCAUUCGCUUAAACAAGCACAUUCAGUAACGAAAAUCUCUGAAUGUCUGUGUUGUCAGAUUAGCCUUAAAUGAUCUUCAAGAAAAUAUUUUCCCCUUCCCACAACAUCACACAAGGCAGCUCACAGUGGGGCUGACGCUGCUGCUCACAGAGUUUCCUCAUUGCAAGCAGCAGCUGCUUCGCUCUGUUUCCAGCAGAAGUGAAGCCAACUGCUCCUGCUGAAAUAUGGUGGAGGUUCUACUGUCUACUGAGAAGCCUGGUGUGAAGUGAUGAACAUUUUGAAAGGACCAUUCUAACGGUUGGCAGUCCAGGUGUCUCGAAAGCUCUAUUUGUAGCAUCAUCAGAAGGAGUAAAUCAAACUCCAAGUGUUUUAUGAAGGGAAAUUUUUUAAUUAAAAGUAUUGUAAAGGUAGAAAAAGCUUGGAAAAAAUCUUGGAAAAAAAUCUUGUCUACACAAGAUUUCUGUGAUCUUCAAGCAGAUUAACAAUUCCGUUAUUGUGGCCAUAAAAACAAAUUAAAGAUCAAACACAAAGUGUCAAGUUUCUUAAAAAACCUCAUAUUUAAGAAUAAUUUUACUUAGUAAAUUAAUAAAUACAUGUAGGUGUAACAUCUCAGGAAAUUCAUUGGAUGUGCCCAUACAGUUAACGCUGUAAUUCUUAAUGUAUGCUGUGUUUCUCAUACAUAGCAAAACCACUGAAUCUUUAUUUUAAGUUCAAAGCUGAGGUCAGCUGAAGGUACAUAGACAUUACUAGUACCUCCAUAGUACAUACUAAUUAAUUUAUUUUUAUUUUCUAACUAGUUUUCAACAUUGUUCUGACUGUUUCCCUUGACUGUUGAAGUCACUGGAGCAAACAAGGUUGAAGAAAGCACAAGAUGAUGUCUGUAGAAAUUAAUCAUUCAUUAAUAAGUGCAACUGUGAAAAGGAUUUAGAAAUACUUUCUUAAAUCUCCAGGGCUUUUGAGGGUCAGUUGUUUAAGCAUUCUGAGUUUUAUUAUUAAUUAGUUCUUUUACAGAAAAGCUUCAACUGACUUUCAGACACUGUUGACGUUGGAGGCUCUGUACUAGAAGUUAUAUCUCCAUUGCCAAAAACAAGCAGUGUUUAAUAGUCAAGUGGUUUACCCAGGUGUACUGCUCCGUAUGGAAUCUCAGGGAAGAAAAGGCACAGGUGAUUUCAUGGCAUUGUAGCUAGCUGUGGACGAUGCAAAAUGUCUCCUCGGGGGUGUACCUCUAACAGCUCAGUAAUAAUUUCAGUGGCAAUUUAAUAAGGAGUGGUUGUCUUGAUGUAAAAAAGAAAAAAGAAAACCAACUAAACACAUCAGUUCUUGAGAUGCAGACAAAGUCAUAGCAGAAGAAAACCCGGGCCUCAGCAAGCUCCUUCUUAAGAGACGGGUAAAGGAAGAGUGGGAAGUAGAAGGAAGGAAAGAUGAAGGGCUUGUUGGGAUGAGGAGCUCUCCCAGUGUUAUCCCAGGGCAGUUGUUUAGGUACUCCAGAAAAAAAUUCCUUUUUCCGGGUUGAUUUCUGUUUCUUUGGUAGUGCCCUAAAGCUCCCCACAUCUGCUUUUGUCUCACUGUGAUAAGUCAUCAGGGCACCACCCUCAACUGAAGGAUCCUUUCACCUCCACCACCAGCUAAACAGAUUUUACCAUUCCUUGCACACUACACAGAGACACUGGGAAUGGUAGCACACUUGUAGCCACUGCUUUGAGUCUUCUAAGCACUUUGUGAUUUCAGCUGGUAAUUUUGGGGAGAUUUCUAAAACCUCAGUGCUUUAGGAGGUACUUGACUCAAACAGAGUCAAGCUCUUUUCUCUGAGUCAAUACUGAAGGAUGCGCCCGAGCACAUUUCUUGCACAUGGGACCCGCAUCUGUAGGUUGAUUGCCUGUGGUUAUCAAUUAUCCUUCAGUUAAUUGCACAAGCCUAAAGGCAUUCUGCCCUGAUAACCCAGGCAGGUCAGUUUGAUUACAGUUUGCCUUCUGCAUAUCUGACAUUUCAAUUUUAAUUGGGCAGUUGUUGCUUCUGCUCCUAACCUGCUGUGCACUGCUGAAAAGCACUGGAGGAUGGAUUUCAUUGUUAGGUGAAGGGAUAAAUAGAGUCAGGGAAAGCAGCUGCCAAACUAGAGGUGUCCUCCAGGGUAAAGCUGGGGUCGAAGGACACAGUCAUCAUAUUUUAACAUUCAGACUUACCAGUUCAGCUAACCCAUACCAGGCGUGUCCAGAGAAGUGUUAUUUUCAGUGAGGCUGCAGGAAAAAAACACCAGAGCUCAUAACAGGGCUUCUUCAUUAAAGUGCUGGGUAGUUUUAGCAAGCAAAGGCAAAGGAACAGCUGUAAUUCUUUAAAACACACCAGGGAGAAGCUAUACAUCAAUGUGGUCUGUGUCUAGUACUGCUGCAUCCCCACCCCGAUGGAGUCUAUCAGGAUAUCAGAUACACAAAGUGAGUCUGGAUAUAAUUCAUGAUUUGUGAAAUGCAUUGGGAAUUUCUUGGAAUGAGCAGUGGUUAUUUUCCUAAUGAAUUAUUGCUGUUUUGUACAGUUUUGUUUGUAUGUUUAACUUUUUUGCUUGAAAUGGUUUUUAACUUUUGAGCAGAAUGUUCUUUUGAAAUGUUAUUCUCCUUUUCAAUGUAAAUACUGGCAUGAUAUUUUUAGGAAGUGGUUUUGAAUGCAUCAUCUUCUGCUCUGCAAUCUUGGAUGCUUCACUGACUCAAGCUUCGGAAGGGCUGAGCAUCCACUGCUUUCCUUUCUAAGCUGUAGAGAUGAGUAAAAAACUCACUUCCUUUGCAAACCACAACAUCCAACCACCAUCAGACAGAGCAACCAAGAAAACAGUAUUCCAAAAUUCAGUAAAUGCUUUGUGGAUAUUUGUGGAUUAGCUUCUUUUACAAAGAUGAUCGCUUUAUUAAGUAUAAUCAUUUUUGUAAAGCUAAACUAAGAGACAAGGCUUAUCUGUCAAGGCAAAAGAGACAACCUACCAUUAUCAAAUAUUGCAAGAUAUGCAGCAGUAAUGAACCUGAACAUUGUACUCCUUAAAUGUGAAUGCAAGUAAAGUAGAUACAAGAAACUUAUAGAGAGCAGAGCAGAAAAUGGAAGUGUGGUGAGCAUAACAGGGGUUUUGGGUUUUUUCAGUAUGGAAGCAGAAUUGCAGGGUUAAUAAAGUUUUCAGAUGUAUUCAAUUUGGAAAAAUUAAUCUCAUUCAUCAUGGAAGUAAUCACAUUAAACCCUGUUUGGUUAAAUCUGCUUGUAGCAGAGCAGGGGCCUUGUUGAAGUCUUGUGACGAGUAAUUCCUGCCAUUGGCAGUUUUCUCACUGCACAGCCUGUGAGAAAAGCCUUGCCGUGAUCCAAAUGCAUCUUGAAGGACAAGAGUUGCACAGUUCCUAAAAUUUCUGGCUCUCAAAACCUUCUUCUGCAGACUUUCUAAGUAUUUAGAAGAGGAACACCUUCUUGAAGGCUGUCUGAGUUUUGCUCUGCCCCCAAGACACAGUAUGGAAGCCAUUGCCAAGUUUGAUUUCACUGCUUCUGGAGAAGACGAGUUGAGCUUCCAGGCUGGGGAUAUGUUGAAGAUUUUGAGCUCCCAGGAAGAGUGGUACAAGGCUGAGCUCAGAAGUCACGAGGGCUACGUUCCCAAGAACUUCAUUGAUUUCCAUGUUCCCCCCUGGUUUGAUGAGAAGAUAUCCCGGCACGAAGCAGAGAACCUUCUCAUGAGCAAAGGAGUCGGCUGCUUCAUCGUCCGAGCCAGUCAGAACUCUCAAGGUGACUUCUCCAUCUCUGUCAGGCAUGAAGAUGAUGUGCAACACUUCAAAGUGAUGAGGGAUUCAAAGGGUAGCUAUUACUUGUGGACAGAGAAAUUUCACUCGCUAAACAAGCUGGUGGACUACUACAAGACAACUUCCAUCUCCAGGCAGAAACAGAUCUUCCUAAGGGACAACAGCCAAGAAGAAAAGGAGAGGCGUGGUGGGAGCCUGGAACGGAUAGGUCGGGAAGGAUUCCACAUGGGAGGAGCAGCUGGAGAAGAUCAUUCUAUAUCCAAGAGAUACUUAGAGCAUCCUGUUCCCAUACUGCAGCAGCAACAGGAAAGAUAUGGUGGGAGUCUGGACAGGAACGACAUGAUGCAUAGACUAAGGGAUCCUGGCCAAGGAAGUGCAGGAGCUAUGCAACGGAGACACACAGACCCACUGCACCAGCAGACACCGCGAACGCUGUGGGUCCGUGCCUUGUACGACUUUGAUGCUAUGGAGCACGAUGAGCUGGGCUUCCGCACUGGGGACAUCCUAGAGGUCCUGGACAGCUCCAACCCAUCCUGGUGGAAAGGACGCCUGCGUGGGGAACUGGGUCUCUUUCCUGCCAACUACGUCACACCAGUGCUGCUGUAAGGGCACAGUAUGGCCCAGAGGGCUCUGCUGGAGCUGCUCUUCUGACAUGACAGGGACAGAGAAGGAGUGCAUCUUCCCUUGCCACCAGGACAUACAUUGUUUUUUGUUUUGUCUUAAUUUAUUGGCAAUUGAUCUUUUGAAAUGUUGGUAUGAAAGCGAACCCUUUGAGGAAGAAAUUUUUUACCCCUUUUUUUUCCACAGUCAUGAAGGGGAGGGAGCAAAAAUCUUGGACUGUUCAGAGAGACUUUGCUGCGUCCUCCCUGCCCUGUCACCUCUUUGGCUAACUGUUGAUAAGCUCCUACAAUUAGGUUUAUUCUGUGGAAAUGCCUCUCAGGAAUGUCAGGCUUCUGGUAAACUUCAGGUUCAGUAUUCAGGGACCCCUAUCCCUUCAUUUUGGAUCUGGUAGCAGUCACAGUCUCUUCAGGCUCCAUUCCACCUUUCUGUCAGAGGCAGGAGGGACACCCAAGUGAAUUAAAUGAUCCUUGGCCACCACAAUAAUCGUUCAUUUAGGGCUUUAGGUUAAGGUUGAGACAAUCUAGACUUUCCUUAAUAGUUCCUGGCUUUCUUCUAGUUUAACUAUUUUCUUAAUAGUUUCUGGCUUACCCAUCUCACACUGUGUGUAUGGUCUGUAUGGAUAUACCAGAUGAAGGGGAGGAACCCUUAAGCUUUUGUACAAACAUGCAAGUGGUGAAGAUAUGGGAGGACAAGAAGCUUUCUUUGCUUCUUCUCGUAGGCCUGCUCUUCAUUCUGUACCCCCUAACAACUUAGCCAUUUUCAAGCUGCUUUCGUGGGUACCUACCUUCAGCUAGAUAGUCUGAUUAGAGCAGAUCAGGCCCUUCAGCUAAAUUAGUAUCCACUGGAUUGGAUAACAAUUAAUAUCCCUCACUGGUUCCUUUUGUAGAACGGAACUGGGGAGGGAUUGGAGAGGUUUCUCUGGUUUGGUGGCAGAAGUUCUUUCCCUGAGAACUUGCUGUGCUGAGGAUCACCAUGUACACAAAUCUGACUUACUACAGAAAUGUCUCAUCCAACAGGUUAAGCUGUUAUUUUACAGUAUGCAGAGAAUAAAGCUGUAGCCAUCUAAUAGUCUAUUCUCUAUUCCAGUUUCUUUUGGAUAAAAUAAGGUAAAUUAAUAGGUUUUCAAAGAACUGCUGAGUGAAUGUCCAGAUGUGAUAAAAAUUUAUUGCAAAUGCACAUUACCUGUCCCCUUCACAAACCCUGUGAUGGGGACUCUACUGCAUAACCACUGCUCAGGCAUAUUGAUAUGAAACAAGCUGCCUGAAUUUUUCACAUGUGGGACCUCAGCAGUCAGCAAGGAGAAGUGAUAAUUAAUCAUUAUUGAAAAAGAAAGAAUAGGCAAGUGAAAACCUCUAAACACAAAUCAGACUCAGAAAAAAAAAAAAAGUUCUUAUUUUUUGUUAGUCUCGGUGGAAGAAAGGAAGAAAAAGAACUCAGGAAAUAGGUUCUUGGGGAAGGCCAAUUCAAUGUAGCUGGCCUGAAUAAAGCUGCCAGCUAGACAGAGUAUUAGCACAAAGAACCCAUUUUGAGAGAACUCCACCAAAAGCAGAUUGUUAAUGGGUGAAGUAAAAUGAGAAUAUUUAACAAGGCACAUAAGCUCUAUAGAGAAUAGAAAACUUUGAAAGACUCAGUAAGAACUUAAUGGCUACCACAGUGGUCCAGGGAAUACGACUGCCUGGGCUGGAUGUGGCCCUGUUCUCUUGCAGGAGCUCUGUUCUGGCCCUUUGGUGUCUUCUUCUGAAGGGAAGUCUAUGAGGCUUCUUCAGGAACAAGAUCCCUUAAGAUUUGCAUGAGGGUGUAACCUUAGUGACUCCAGUUUGAAGAGCAGUUUGGUGUGAUUUGGCCUUUUUUAACCUUUCUGUGUGUUGGUUGGUUUUCUCCUAAGGUAGUAAUAAAUUUGAAAACGAGAGGGUUAAUACUCAGUGAGGGAGAGGGAGAGCAUUAAGGCCAAGAGGAGAUGGAACCAAGAAACCAGAGACUAACAAAGGCAAAGGAGGAAUAAAAAUAAUGAAUCUUUCAUAUUCAGCUCUGGCUGAAACAAAA